UCGACAUACUAGAAUCCGAAAAGAACAGACAAUUGUCAAAAAUUUGAGUAAAAUCCAAAUGAGCUCCAACGUGGAAUCAAAAAGUUGAAUAAUUAGGUUUUGUGGAUAUUAUGAAUUAAACCAAUAUUUGUUUUCAGUUAGUUGGAAUCUAAAUAAAUUAUAAUGGCUCCUCCGCAGAAGGGUAAACAAGGUACCAAAGGUGCUAAACAAAUUGUUGAGGAAAAUGUAGCAACAUUAAAGUUUUAUAAGUAUAUGGCAAUUAUAUCUAAUGCAGUUUCAUUAAUAGUACUAUAUUUACUUGACUCUGGUAUAAGUAUAUUACUAUAUAUGUUUGCCUGUGCUAUUUUUAUUGGAUGCUAUCAGUUUAUGGCAUAUAUGGCCAAAGCAAAAUAUUCAGAGACAGGACAGCUAUUAGAUAGUGGAGUAGACUUGAACAUGGAAGGAGGAAUUGCAGAACACAUCAAAGACAUCAUAAUUCUUACAGCAGGCUGUCAGCUCCUCGCCUUGAUAUCCAAUUAUUUCUGGUACCUUUGGUUGCUAGCACCUCUUCAGGGAGGUUGGAUACUUUGGAAGAACAUUAUCCAGCCAUAUAUUAGCCAACCAACUGCAGCCGAACCAGAAGUAAAUGAAAAGAAACAAAAGAAGAUGGAAAGAAAAAUGAAGAGAAUGCAGAGAUGAUUGUAAAUUAAUUUUUGUAUGAGUGUGUCAUUGCGUGCGUUUCAAUAUUUAUUGAUUAAUAAUUUGUUUGAUUCUGAGGUUGUGGAAAAUGUAUAUAAGAUAGUAUGUAAAAAUAGAGUAUGAAUGUACUUUAUGUAUAAGUAAUAUAGUGCAUUGAAAGAACAAACAUCUCAAUGAGAUGUAGAAAAUUAUAAUAAUUAAAUAAAUUUUAUAAAAGUCAUUGUAUAGGUUGAUAAAGAAGUUACAUUAAUUGUAUAUAUCGAUUUAAUGUUUUUGUGAACGGAAUUAUUGUUAUAAAUAAAUGGAAGCCUUAGUCAAUGUCUAAUGCUAAAAGUCCUUUGUGA